AAGAUCCAUGGUCGGGGCAGGCGGGAGCAGCAGGAGGCAGGGUGGAUGCAUGGACAAGGGGAUGAAAUGAACCCCCUUGUACACGGCUACAGCCAGCAGAACACCGAGGCCGGGGCAGUGCAGGACUGGGCUGUCCGUGGCUGCUCUCCCAGCUGCUGGGGGGAGGAUGAGGCCGUGGUAUCGCAGGGAAACUUGAGCUGUUGCGGAGCUUUGCCGUGUGCUUUGUUCCCUGCCUGGCUUUCUGAGCUCCAGCUCGCACCACUCCCAUGUGUUUUACCUCUUUGUCUCUUCACCUUGAGCUCUCGGCUGCCCUAUGGAUGCUCCCUGUGCCGGAGAAAUUCCACCCGCUCUUUUCGCUGCCACAGGGCUACAAAGGCAGCGAGGGUUAGAGCCAGAGCCCUGGUACAGGAUGCUCCGUUUGCCUCAGCCACGCCUGGAUUUCCCCCAGAUUUAAAGCUCCGUCGGCUUUCAGGGAAGUGCAGCGUGAGCCAGCCCCGGCACCCGUUCACCAUCCCGGGCGAGCAGAAUCAGAGCCUCACCUCACCCUGCUUGUCUGCGGGGGUCUCGGCAGACAGGAGACCCCUUCCUUGUGGGACAGGAGCUCCUCAUGCCUGGCCCUGGCAAAGUCCGGAGCAGGGAUGGCCACCAUGGGCACUCGAAUAGGGUCAGAUCCACAUGCCCAAGCCUGCUGUAGGAGCAGGGGCAUUGCCUCUACUGCUGCUCGCCCUUGGAAUGGUCCUGCAGAGCCCUGGGUGCUCCUUAAGUGCAUUAUUCCUUCCCAUAGAGGACGGACACCUCAUCACUACCAGCUCUGUGAGCCAGCAGCCAAGUCAUGCUCCCCACACCUUGUCCCACACCUGGACCUCCUCACCAGCAUGCUCAGACCCUUCCCACCUGGGCACAGGGACACUGCAGCCCUUUCCUCCUGCCGGACUGACCCUGAGGCUGUGGGAGCUCUCCCCAUCACCUGCCCUGCAGGAAGAGGGCCUGGGACAGAGGUGAUGGGACAGCAAAAGCCGCCUUUCCCUGGGGAUCGGAGAUCAGGGACCACGGCUUCCAGGGCUGACUCCCCGGGCUGGAGACGGUAGCAAUGCCAAGCUGUGCGCUGCCACUGUGAGAGAGGGGAGGGAGCUCUGCGGAGCCGGAGCCGCUGCCCAGCCCUGCCCCUGCAGGGAGCCCCAGGGCUGCCGGCCCGGGGAGCGGGUCGGUGACAGCCCUGCCCCGGCUGGGACACUCUCCUUGGCAGUGCUGCACCCUGCCAGGAGCUGGGAACCCCAUCUCAGCACUGCAGACACCUCAGAACACGUUGCCCAGGGCAGGAGGCAGGGAAAGCUCCAAAGGGAAGACCAAGAGCUGCGGUCAACUCAAAAACAGGAGAGCAGGGCAGCUCUGGAGCAGGGCUGUGGCUGUCUCCAAGCCCAGUGGCCCAUGUCCCACACUCCCUGAGUGUCCCCAACACCGGUGACAGGGUCUGGGUGCUGUGUCAGGCCCCUGCCAUUCCGUGCCCUUCAGCUGUCAGGGGCAGGCUGUGCUGUGUCCUCUGGCCAUCCUGUGUCCCUGGUCACCCUGCAUCCCCAGCCACCUGUGUCCCCUGUUCUGUGCUGCCCCAGAUGACCCCGCUGGCACGUCUUGCUGCCAAGGCAGAAAUGGCACCUCUGGUACAGCCUCUCUGAGACCUGAGCUGAUGGCUGUUGUCCCUGUCCUCACGGGGAGGCACUGCGUGGGCCAGCACAGCCACGGGCCACAGUGCAGGGUGAAAAUGGUGUCAUCCGGUUCUGUCCUUACCAUGGGACUGACCCAGACAUUCUCCACCUGGCACGUCCACCUUCUCAUCCACAGGUUCUAAAACCCCUCCCAGGGCUGGUCGGGGAGCCCAACAUCCAUCUCAAAGGGGCACAAGGCUGGAGAUGAGUGGUCUGAAGCUGCAUGAGGGUGGUGCAGGACCUGGGGGUACCCCACAGAAAGGCUUUGCCCACUGCAGGGGCAGCCCCUGUUUGCAGAGGCAUCGCUCGAUACGCAGUAUGUUCUUCAGAAGAUCCCUACUCCAGGAGUCAAAAUAGCAUGAAAUUUAAUUUUACGCCUAUUUGACAAAGCUUGAUUUCGCCUCCAAUCAGCAGGGAGAUAAGAGCCCUCGGCACAAGUGUGCGGGCAGUUUGGCAGCUGGGGCUGCCGAUUUAAUAGGUGAAUUUACAGGGACAACACUUGAAAAUCCCCUGGCUAGUGAACCAUUAAGGUGAGCCCUGCCUUCCGUCCCCGCGUCCCUCCCCGAGCCGCUCUCCCGUUGCUGGGUGCUAAAGCAAACCCCAGCUCUGUUUACCGAGUCUACUAUUACAAUACGGCUACCAAAUAUUUGCCAGCCGUCAGCUCGCUGCUCCGCUAUAAAUACUUCAGGCCCAGGUGGAGGGACGGGCAGGGGGAGCGGCGCGGGAGCCUAUGCAUGGCCAGGCAGCAGCGCCAAGGGUGAGUCCUGGGGGAGCCUCUGAGCACAGACAUGGCUGCGGGUGUCAUCCAGCCCCUGGCCGAGCUGCGGCUGCCCUCGCCCUUCCCUCAUGGCCUCCUGCUGCCCACGCACCCUGAGCCCGACUUCCCCGACUUCUCCGAGGAGGAGGAGGAGGAAGAAGAGGAGGAAGAGGAGGAGGAGGACGUGGAAGCAGUGGAGGAGAGCGUGAGGCCGGAGCUGGCCAGUGUCUCCAGCACUGCCGAGACCACCCUACGUCUCCUCAAGUUUUCGGAGCUCAUCAGCUGUGAUAUCCAGCGCUACUUCGGGCGGCGGGGCCGGGAGGAGGCCAGCAGCCACCCCGUGCCCGAGGACUGCGGCUCACCCCAGAGCGCUGAGGCUGUGGCCGAGGCCGUGGCCCCGCGGGACAGCCCGGGGGCCACGCACAGGCUGGGGCCGCUGGCCGAGCUCUUUGAGUACGGCGUGCACCGGUGCCUGCCCGCCCGGGUGGCCGGCAGCAGGACGCAGCGGCUGGAGAGGAAGUACGGCCACAUCACCCCCAUGCACCGCAGGAAGCUGCCGCCCUCCUUCUGGAAGGAGCCAGGCCCAGGCCCCGCCAGCCUCCUCCACACUGGCACCCCUGACUUCAGCGACCUCCUGGCCAACUGGACAGUGGAGCCAGGGCCAGAGCUGCCAGGGGCUGGGCGGGAGCUGCCGGGUCGCCCGGGGCUGGAGGCAGAGCCCUUUGCUGGGCUGUGACCCCACUGUGGCCUCGGUCCCGCCACGUGCCACCCAGUUAAUGAUAAACCUGGUGGCCCCAGUGCCAGCACCGGGGCACUCGGAGCUGCCGGGUCAAAGCUGGUGACGGGACGAGUGAAUAAAUGACUCCCGCCAGGCA